UCAGAACACACACAUUUCCAGUAGGAGAAAACAUUAAAAUCCAGCAAAGGUAUGCGAGUGCGCUAGCGUGCGGCUUGCUCAGGUUGCGGUAAUUUCUCCUGCUCGGUUCCUUGUGGCUCACGCUAGAUUUUGCAGCUUUUCUGAAACGGUGCCCGGGUUUUCCUAAAGCCCUAGGUGGCUGUUUCAGGAAAGUCGUCGUUUCGGGAGAUCCGGAUCACUGGCUGGUCCGGCCGCCGGGCCCUGGCAGGUCAUUGGCGUCUGUCACUGCGUAGGCCUGGGGUAGUUCCUGGGAGAGAGCAGGAGCGGAAAAGUGGCUCCGUCUAAGAGUGCUCAGAGGUUACCGAAUGGGUCGAAGGCAAGCACGGACAUUGUGAAAAUGCAGCGCCUUGAUUUCCUUUCCUCAACACCCCAGUUCCCUAAGCCUGCCUUAUUUCAAAUCACACACCGCAAAGUGGAAGCUCUCGGCUGGCGGACUACGGCCGCGCUCCCGAGAUCCGUGGAGAACCGCCGAGAGCUUGAGAAACCCGAGCCAACACCGGAUGGGCCUCCCAGCGCGAGCCGUUAUCGGCCUCUUUCCUGCUCGCCACAUUUAAACUGCCUUAAGAGCUGACCAAAUGGGCCCCAAUUUCCCCAAAUCAAAAUGUAAAGCCCUUCAAUUUUGGAAAAAAAAAAAGCCACUGUGAAUGCUUCUACAAUUACAGCUCACACCGCAGAAGUACCUGGAGCAGCCACAGAUAAAGCACACAACGAAUACCGAAAUUUUAUGCGUCCGUUCACAGACAUUAGUAGUGAUGGAGAACAAAUUUUGCAAAUAAAAUAAACUGCCCCCUGACCUAUAGAACUGGGGUUCACAUGCUUUGGAACUGUAUGCUCCAAAAGUUAAGAAAGCUUGCAAUCUGUAUUUGUGACUCAAUCUGUAUUUGUGAAUCUUUUUCAAUUAUACAGUGUACGUUAUCCAAGACGCAGGGAAAAUAGAAACGUGUAAACCACGACGAGAAUGUUUCUCCAACACUUCCCGCUUUGAGAGACACUGCCAGCUGUAUACAGGCAAAUGCAGCGAACUCAGCUGGGAGAGAAAACUGAAACAAAUGCAGGUGCCUGCGAGUACCUGGGCCUCGCUUCUUAAGGUACUCGGCCGGGCCAAUAAUGGCCCCAGGCUGAGCCACGUGGGGCGCGGCGGAGCCUAUGGCACGGCUGCCGGCCCACCCGUCCCCGCCGGCCGCUGAGUUCCCCCGGAGAAGAGCGCGGAGCUGUCAAAGCGAGUAGGGGUGGUGCCGGGAGUGGGAGCGCUUGCGCAGCGCCAAGUCCUCGGCUCCCGGUCCCCAAGCCCGGGUUGCAGUCAUGAACGGCGAGGAGCAGUACUACGCGGCCACACAACUCUACAAGGACCCAUGCGCAUUCCAGAGAGGCCCUGCGCCGGAGUUCAGCGCCAGCCCCCCGGCGUGCCUGUACAUGAGCCGUCAGCCCGCACCGCCACCGCCGCCCCCGUUCCCCGGCGCCCUGGGUGCGCUGGAGCAGGGCAGCCCACCCGACAUCUCCCCGUACGAGGUGCCCCCGCUGGCCGACGACCCCGCAGUGGCGCACCUCCAUCACCACCACCUCCCCGCUCCGCUCGCGCUCCCCCAUCCGCCUGCCGGGCCCUUCCCGGAUGGAGCAGAGCCCAGUGCCCUGGAGGAGCCCGGCCGCGUCCAGCUGCCUUUCCCGUGGAUGAAGUCCACCAAAGCUCACGCGUGGAAAGGCCAGUGGGCAGGCGGCCCCUAUGUGGCGGAGCCGGAGGAGAACAAACGCACACGCACCGCCUACACCCGCGCGCAGCUGCUGGAGCUGGAGAAAGAGUUUCUAUUUAACAAGUACAUCUCUCGGCCGCGCCGGGUGGAGCUGGCCGUCAUGCUGAACUUGACCGAGAGACACAUCAAGAUCUGGUUCCAAAACCGCCGCAUGAAGUGGAAAAAGGAGGAGGACAAAAAGCGGGGCGGUGGGACCACGGCCGGGGGUGGCGGGGGCGCGGAGCCCGAGCAGGACUGCGCCGUGACCUCUGGCGAGGAGCUACUGGCGCUGCCGCCGCCGCCGCCCCCCGGAGGUGCUGUGCCGCCGGCCGCUCCCGCUGCCGCCCGAGAGGGCCGCCUGCCGCCGGGCCUUAGCACCUCGCCGCAGCCCUCCAGCGUCGCGCCCCGGCGGCCGCAGGAACCCCGGUGAGAGGCGGGGGCUGCUCCCUGCCAGGCGGCUUCGACCGCUCACCAAGAAUGCGGCGACUGGCUCUGGCAAACUGGACGGGGUGGGGCUCUGGGGACCACCCGAGACUGGAGGGGAAAGAACUUGGCGCUGGUUCCCCCAGGCGCAUGUUGCCAGCUGAGGAGCCGCAGGAAGAUGCUGGUGGACCUUCUGGGAGCAGAGGAGACACUGGUUUCUGUAAUCACUGGGGCCUCUUCUGAUUCUGCCUUUCGAUUGCCGAUGUCUGCCAUUGUGAUGCACCUGCCUCCUCGCCCCCAGGACUCCGCACUGCACCUGUGUUUAGGAAGCCGCCUCAGCCCUUGAAAGACAAUGCAAACUGCGCUAAAGCGACUCUGCCAACACGGAGCAGGAGAGCUGGACCGAAUGCCUUCAUCUGCUCGGAACACAGCCACUCUCACUCGGGCGACCACUUUAUGUUUAGAAAUACUUGCAACCUUGGCGAUUUCAAGCGUCCUGUGAAAUCCCCGUACCCGGCAGUUCUCCUGCUCCCCUUCUCCUCUGGCCGCAGACAUCGCCAGCCUCCUGCAUGCCCUUCCUCUGAAGUAGAAAUUAGCUGGCGAGGUUGGCUUUGCUGAGCAAAACUGUAGGGUAGAGGCGGUGCAGGAGUCGCUGCGUGCCUCCGGUGGUCCUGCUGCGGGGCCAGGACAAUCGGGUAGGACAAGGGUGUGAGGGAGAAAGAGGAACCUCGAACGGACCCGCACCCGACCCCCCAGGGAUCACUAAACCAAAGGUAUCUGGAACUUUCCAUUUAGGAUGUGGGGUGAGUGCCUGGGCCAGGGCCAUUGGCCACUGUGCUGAAAGGCAGCUGGCUGGCCGCCGGGUCUGCCUUGAAAGAGCUAUUCUCAGACCACCGCUAUAAAAGCUAUGAAAUAUAUGCGAUCAGAAGGUUUUGAAAAUGUGUUAUUUAAACUUGUUAAGCUACCUAACUGGUUUUUGUUGUUGUUGCUGUUUUUGGGUUUUGUGCUUUUUUUUUUUUAAUACUCUGAUCGGUAGAUACCGGAUCAGGUUCACCUUUCAAGAGCUGCUUAAUAAAUACAGUUC